AGGUGGUGUUGCCAUUGAUGGAGAAGGUGUUUGUGGCUCACCGGGAAUUCUUCCUGAUGUCACCGACCGCCACUUCCACAGUUGGCAGAAGGAAAUGGUCGCUAGACCUAAUUUUUGGCAGGAAGCACUGGCUCAAGAAUAAUGUGAAAGGAGCUAAACAAGUAUACACUUGCGCGGCAGAUCUGUUCAACACUUGGAACAAGUCUCAGUACGUUCGGCAAGAGGAAGCCAACUUCAUCGCCCAGCACGACAUCGACAACAUGGCGCUCAUCAUGCCCUCCAAAGGGCGUGGACGAGCCAGCGUUCAGACUGUAGAUGCUGGCCAGGGCCAGAAGAAGAUCCCUGGCCAUGGAAAUUCCAGACGACAAGGAAAAUGAAUGCAACCGUCCAACGUACCAGGCAACUGACGUCGACGAACCCUGUGAAUCCUCAGCAAGCAACACACCAAAAGAUGUCAACAGUCAGGAGGACUAUGAAGUCACCGUACAUUGGCCCACUAAGCCACACCGUAACAUGGUGGCCAUAUACUGGGACUAUGAAAAUCUAAGUGCUCCGAAAGCAAUGUCUGCGUAUGACAUUGUCAAGAUUAUUCGAGACAAAAUGACUGCAGGGUACUCUGAGUUCGAAUUCGUUGUUGCGGUGGAUGUCUUCAGAACAACAAAGACAACCAUUGAUCACUUGACAGACGCCAACGUCAUGCUGUUGCACGUAGACAGAAAGCGAAAGAACGCAGCCGACGUAAGACUAAGAUCUUUAAUGAGAAGAUUCUCCGGGACCUUUCGCGGCACGAACGCGAAAGUCAUAGUAAUUACCAGUGACGUAGAUUUCCUACAGGAUUGUCACCACAUCAC